AACCGGGCCAAACCGAGGCCAUUCUCGUCAGCGAUGCCGUCCGGGAAGGGCUAAGGCGAGGCGCCGGAGCUUCUAGUGUAUAUACUAGGUCUAAUACCAGUUGGUUUGUUCCUCUAUGGAGUUUGGCGUCCUGCCGGUCUGGCGUUAUGCCCAAGGGAUGUGUGCUAUCGACGCCGGCGAGCAGCGUCCGAUGGCCAGCGGUGGAGUUCUUGAUGGUGGCGGCGGUGUGGUGCCUGUUGCUGCUGGAGGGACCCUCCAUGGCGCAUCCCCUAAAUAAGCUCGUGGUUGGUCCUCCAGGUCUCGAUUUGGAGGUUUGUUGCUGUGCUGGUGAGGUGGAGUUUGUAGUUCUUCCUCUCUGCUUCAGCCAUCAAGGAGAUGGAGGAGGGGAGCGGCGGCGGGAAGCUCUGCUUCAGUCGGCAUGGCGGGAAAUUCAUGGGAUCGAUUCUCAAGGAGUCCGGGCGGAGCUCAUAGUUCGUGGUUCAGGUAUUUCUUGUGUCAAGGAGAAUCUCGCCCCUGCUGUCUUGAGACUGCGUCUGGGUUCUGAGCUCAUCAACGGUGGUGGUCAUGGAGCUACGCCGCCCAGCUCGGUGGUUGACAGGCGGUUGGAAGCUACGCCACCCACGGGGAUGGUCGACUGGCGGCCUCCGCGCCGUCGUUUCUUCUGGCCGAAGGGCGGCCAUCUUUCCUCCCGGCCGGCGUGCCAGAUGGGAGGCAGUGACUCUGGCCUUGCGAGUUCCAUGGUCUGGCGACGGCGAUGCUGUGCUCGUGCAGGCGAGAUCUUGGACCUGAUCGCGUUUUCCUCCAGGUUGUUGGGGUCCUCUCUGCAAAUUUUAGGAACCAAGUUGUAUGUCCUGGUUCUCUUUGGGUUUGUAAGCAAUGUGUACUGUCUUUUUAUUAAUAUAAGCAGUAUCUAGGUCCUCCGGGGCUUUCUUUAUU